AUGUCGGCAGACUCCCACGCGGAAAGGUUUGAGCGGGUCACUGUCUACGUGGACAUUGCAGCUGCAGCAAACACACCGGAGGAGGGGCGAGGGGACGUUGAGGAGGCGGCGGUGCUGCUGGAGCUGAUUCAAGCUUCUGCCGCAGCGGUCACUGGCCAGCUCGUUGUCGUGGAUAGCAGGAGUCUUGUGUCUGCCGAAGAGCAGGCAAGGCCUUCUUUGUCACCGGAGGCAGCUACCGGCACCGCCUCUGAGGCCACGUCGUUGAGCAUGUCUACCACACUGCAACUGCUGCGUUACUGGCAGGCGGAGGAGGCAGAUGUGUACACACGUGAUGUUAACAACACCGUUCCCUUUAUGCGGGCGUGGGAGUGCUUGAUCACAUCCAAGAACACACGAGACGGCGCCGUGACGUACGCGCUGCAUCGUCGACAGAUGCCGGUGCUGUCGCUGGCGCUAGCGCAGGCCGGCGCGUCUACGCGGACGCCAAAGAGCGCCGUGGAGGAACUGCUUUACACCUGUGUGCCAAGCGGUGCCACACAGGAGGAGAAACGCGACGCCGUCGUUCGCUUCUUCACGUUUCCGCCCGAGUUGGGCGCCUACGUUGUGGCGCCGUCCGUGAGCGCCGCAGGCGAAGCAAAGCCUCCCCGCUACUCCGAGGCUGGCCCUGCGAGUGCUUCUACGGCUGCUGCUGCUGCUGCGGCUACGGCGGCGGCGGUGGUGGUGGUGAACAAGGACGGCUACCCGGUGCACCUGCCGUGGACCCCGUCUCUGCUGCCGCCACCGCCUGUGCGCUUUGCUGGUGUCUUGCGAGAAUGGUGCUUGGCGGACAGUGCGCAGAUGGAGAUGCUGCGGCGGCGCAACCCACUUCUCCCGGGUGCUCUGGCUGCCUUUCAUCGGUACGAAAAUCGGGGACUGCUGCGCAGUGCUCUGCAGCGUGGGUACCGUGUCGAGGUGGCGGAGGUGGCAGAGAGCGAUGAGGACGCCGCGUCGGCAGAGGACCGGGUGCACAGGUUUGCGGAUCUAUCUAUCACCAACAACGCCGAAGCGGACUCACAGAGGAAGCAGGCAGCGGCCGCAGCCACCUUGAGGAACUUCGAGUCGACAUGGCUAGACCUGCCGCUGCCGCAGGCCCAGCCGUAA